AUGUAUGUGUCAAAAAAUAUAAAAAGGCAAGCGGCGCUGAGAUCAAAGGAGGAAAAAGAAAAAAGAGAUACAAACAAAACGCGAGUCUUCAUCGUUGAGAUCAGCUUUCACCUCACAUCAUCAUAUCCACGCAUCGACCUUCAAUCUUUCUCUCGUCGCAUCACCGUCAACCACUCACCUUCGUCGACUCAUCCCUUCAUCUCUUAUGCGACCAUUCUUCUCAUCCUCAAUCAUCACCGUAAAACAUACUUCCGCGAUCUCUUCCCUCCAUCACUAACCCACACCGAAACUUCUUCUUCCAUUAACACCAACCUCCGUCGAACCUCACGCAAAUCCAAUCCGCGAUUCCUCCAAUCAACCGUUCUCAUUAUCAUCAUCACCGCUGCCAAACAUCAUAUCAACACCAUCAUCCUUCAAUCGUCCAGUUCCCCUGUUCCCUCUUCACACGAAUUCAUUCAUCGCCAUCAUCGACUUCUAACUCCCUUCGCAGCUCAUCAUCGUUCUCAUCGCAAGCUUCAGCUCGACGCCGCAACUUCGCCACUUUUCGGUAAUCUUCGAUUACUUUUCAGGUUGUGUUUGUUUGAGUUAAACUGUUAUGAUGUUCUGAGAACUCUGUGA